AUGGCGGCGCUAGGAGUGGAAUGUAGCGAGGCGUCUAAAGUCGAACGGAAGAUCAACACCCAGAAGACGGCCGACUCAUGGAAACGACAUGUCAUCCGCCAACUCAAACACCGGGAUAAGUAUCAGAAGGCGAUGUUUCAAGAUGUCAUACGGUCAUGUAUGUAGACGUUCUUUUCUGAAGGUCUUGUGUAAAAAAAAAAAAAAAAAAAAGUAGUUGUAGUUUCUUUCAGAUAGCCUAAAAAGGCUUAAACAAGAUUAGUUUUCCGAUUCAAGGAAGUUCUGGAAAUACUGUCAUGCAGCAACACUAACUAGCUAUGUUUCCAUCCAACUGGCGACAGAUUUUCAUGCGAAUAUUAUAGAAUCCGCAUGAAACAAAUGCGAAUUUACCCACCAGUGGUGUUUCCACAAAAUUCACUUUUUGCGGUUAAAAUCAGUGCGUGAUGACGUAGUGCACACAACAUGUAGGCCUACCUUUUCGCUGAAAUGUUCAUGUACCGAUUAAAAAUCUAAUGUUGCAUCGCAUUUUCAACUCUACGGAUAGUUUUGUCACAAACUGUUGCGUUAAAUAGCAGAUGUUCCUACUCUGGUCUUGGCAGGUGCGCUCCAGCCAACCGCUGGCAGAUACAGUGCAGGUAAACUAGUCUACAUGAUGAGAUUAUUAUGGACAAAAGAGCAAGAUUAUUUGUCAAACUGCAACCAAGCAUCGAUGAUCAUGUCACCAGUAUAAGUAAGACCCUCAAUAUGUAUUGGAAAGGCGCAUCACCUUGCACUUUCAGCACCCUGUGAAGUUCAUCAUCAUUUAUUUAAUCUGUAGCCUAAUAAACUGCAUGCUUUCCUGAGCCGUUGUAGUGGGAGGACCACACAUGUCGUCGCGUGACUCCAAAUGUACUUCAGUAUGAUAGUUAUAUCAAUAUUUGCGCAUACAAGCGUUUCCACUGACAUUUCGCAUAAUUGAUUUUACCAAAACAAAAAGAUCCCACCUUGUCUAGCAUAUCUGGUUUUGUCGACAUUUGGAAAGUUUCCCAACAAAUCUUCUGUUGCCAACAGCCAUAGAAAUGAAUUUCCAUGUGGGCUAGGACAUUGGAAAUUUAAUCAAAGCCUAAUGGAUGAAAAUAUAUACAGUUGAAGUCGGAAGUUUACAUACACUUAGGUUGGAGUCAUUAAAACUCGUUUUUCAACCACUCCACAAAUGUCUUGUUAACAAACUAUAGUCAUACCGCUUCCUGACGCGUUCUGUCUCCUAGAGAUGAACGUACUUUGGUGCGAAAAGUGAAAAUCAAUCCCAGAACAACAGCAAAGGACCUUGUGAAGAUGCUGGUACAAAAUAAUCUAUAUCCACAGUCAAACAAGUCCAAUAUCGACAUAACCUGAAAGGCUGCUCAGCAAGGAAGAAGCCACUGCUCCAAAACCGCCAUAAAAAAGCCAGACUACGGUUUGCAACUACACAUGGGGACAAAGAUCGUACUUUUUGGAGAAAUGUCCUCUGUUCUGUUUGGCCAUAAUGACCAUCGUUAUGUUUGGAGGAAAAAGGGGAAUGCUUGCAAGCCGAAGAACACCAUCCCAACCGUGAAGCACAGGGGUGGCAGCAUCAUGCUGUGGGGGUGCUUUGCUGCAGGAGGGACUGGUGCACUUCACAAAAUAGAUGGCAUCAUGAGGAAGGAGAAUUAUGUGGAUAUAUUGAAGCAACAUCUCAAGACAUCAGUCAGGAAGUUAAAGCUUGGUCGCAAAUGGGUCUUCCAAAUGGACAAUGACCCCAAGUAUACUUCAAAAGUUGUGGCAAAAUGGCUUAAGGACAACAAAGUCAAGGUAUUGGAGUGGCCAUCACAAAGCCCUGACCUCAAUCCUAUAGAACAUUUGUGGGCAGAACUGAAAAAGCGUGUGCGAGCAAGGAGGCCUACAAACCUAACUCAGUUACACCAGCUCUGUCAGGAGGAAUUGGCCAAAAUUCACCCAACUUAUUGUGGGAAGCUUGUGGAAGGCUACCCGAAACGUUUGACCCAAGUUAAACAAUUUAAAGGGAAUGCUACCAAAUACUAAUUGAGUGUAUGUAAACUUCUGACCCACUGGGAAUGUGAUGAAAGAAAUAAAAGCUGAAGUAAAUCAAUCUCUCUACUAUUAUUCAGACAUUUCACAUUCUUAAAAUAAAGUGGUGAUCCUAACUGACCUAAGACAGGGAAUUUUUACUAGGAUUAAAUAUGAGGAAUUUAAAUGUAUUUGGCUAAGGUGUAUGUAAACUUCCGACUUCAACUGUAACUGACUGUUCCUGCAUAACAUAGAUACUGCAUAUCUCCUUAUUGUAUGGGACACUUUCUCUUCAAAGCUAUACAUGUCUUAAAACAAUUUCGGUCAAAUUAACCAAGGAAAUGGAGUUUAAGGCACAGAUGGGAUCGCAAUAAGAAGUACCAGUAUCAUAGAGGCACAGAAUACGUUAGAGGAAAUACAAAAAGAAAUGGAAGAACUUAUUCAAGAACAAUCAAGUGUAAUAUGUUACAAAAUAAAGCGAACUGGAUGGAAAAUUGGGGGAAAAUGCACAAUUCUUUAUGAAUGUUCAACAUAAAAAUGCUACCAAAAAUUAUUUACAGAAACUUGUUACAAAUCGUCCAUGAUUCACCAAAUUAUAUUUUGAAGGUGGAAGCAAAAUGCUUUAAGCAUAUGUUUUUCAUUUCAGUCUCUUCCAUCUCCACUAAACACAUUCUGUCCCCUAUCAACACUCUUAACUUUUGGUGCCAGUGAAAAUGAAAGUAGUCAAGAUGACUAGCUUGAUUGAGCCUCCGCCAUGUACAGUGCCUUCGGAAAGUAUGCAGACCCCUUGAACAGGUUUUUAGACAUUAUAGCAAAUUUAUAAAAAAUAAGAAACAUACGUUUCAGUAUUCAGACCAUUUGCUAUGAGACUCGAAAUUGAGCUCAGGUGCAUCCUAUUUCCAUUGAUCAUCCUUGAGAUGUUUCUACAACUUGAUCGGAGUCCACCUGGGGUAAAUUCAAUUGAUUGGACAUGAUUUGGAAAGGCGCACACACCUGUCUAUAUAAGGUCCCACAGUUGACAGUGCAUGUCAGAGCAAAAACCAAGCCAUGAGGUCGAAGGAAUUGUCCGUAGGGCUCCAAGACAGGAUUGUGUCGAGGCACAGAUCUGGGGAAGGGUACCAAAAAAUUUCUGCAGCAUUGAAGGUCCCCAAGAACACAGUGGCCUCCAUCAUUCUUAAGUGGAAGAAGUUUGGAACCACCAAGACUCUUCCUAGAGCUGACCGCCCGGCCAAACUGAGCAAUCGGGGGAGAAGGGCCUUGGUUAUGGAGGUGACCAAGAACCCGAUGGUCACUCUUACAGAGCUCCAGAGUUCCUCUAGGAAGAUGGGAGAACCUUCCAGAAGGACAACCAUCUCUGCAGCACUCCACCAAUCAGGCCUUUAUGGUAGAGUGGUCAGAUGGAAGCCACUCCUCAUUAAAAGGCACAUGACAGCCCGCUUGGAGUUUGCCAAAAGGCACUUAAAGGACUCUCAGACCAUGUCUCUGAAUGUCCUUGAGUGGCCCAGCCAGAGCCCGGACUUGAACCCGAUUGAACAUUUCUGGAGAGACCUGAAAAUAGCUGUGCAGCGACGCUCCCCAUCCAACCUGACAGAGCUUGAGAGGAUCUGCAGAGAAGAAUGGGAGAAACUCCCCAAAUACAGGUGUGCCAAGCUUUUAGCGUCAUACCCUAGAAUACUCUAUGCUGUAACCACUGCCAAAGGUGCUUCAACCAAGUACUGAGUAAAUGGUCUGAAUACUUACGUAAAUGUGAUAUUUCAGUUUUUUUUUUUAAUUGAUGAGGUGAAAAAACUAUUUAAGAAAUUUUAGAAUAAGACUGUAACCUAACAAAAUGUGGAAAAAGUCAAGGAUCUGAAUACUUUCCGAAGACACUGUAUAUCUCACUAGCCUCCAUAUAUCCACUAGUUCCAAUAUAUCCAUAAUAUUUGUGAUUUCCUUAAGUGCAGGAGGGUGAUAGUUUGUAGUGUGAUUUCUUUUACGGUUCAUUGAGGUACUUAAAACUGUUUUAUAAUCGCCCACCAUAUAAUAAUUGAGACGCAUUGCCUGUAAACUCGAUAGAUUAUUAUAUAUAUUUUCAAAGAAGUAUGGAUCAUCAUUAUUUGGACCGUAUAGAUUAAUGAGACAAAUCUGUUUAUGGUCCAAUAGCAUAUUUAAAAGGAUCCACCUUCCUUGCAGAUCUUUUUUAACAGUAUUAAAUAUACUUAAGUAUCAAAAGUAUAAAUAAUUUCACAUUCCUUAUAGUAAGCAAACCAGACGGCAUGAUGUUCUUGUUUUGUAUUGAUGUACAGAUAGCUAGGGUCACACUCCAACAUUCAGACAUCAUUUACAAACGAAGCGUUUGUGUUUAGUGAGUCCACCAGAUCAGAGGCAGUAGAGAUGACCAGGGAUGUUCUCUUGAUAAGUGUGUGAAUUGGUCAAUUUUCCUGUCCUGCUAAGCAUUCAAAAUGUAACGUUUACUUUUGGGUGUCAGGGAAAAUGUAUGGAGUAAAAAGUACAUUAUGUUCUUUAGGAAUGUAGUGAAGUAAAAGUAGUCAAAAAUAUAAAUAGUAAAGUACAGAUACCGCCAAAAAACUACUUAAGUAGUACUUUAAAGUAUUUUUACUUAAGUACUUUACACCACUGUAUUUUUUUGACUUGCAAACCUGCUGUAAAAUGAAUAAGAGUUCUUGCCAAAUUAGGAGAGGUCAAGUCAUUAUUAUUCCUUGUUUGCCAUUAUAGCUAAGAUCCAAUGGUGGUUAUUGGUGAGAGUGGAGAGGGGCUCUAUCUGAGGGAUCAGGACGGGGGGGCUGGGAAGGCAUCAGACACUUCCCUGAAGUAUGUGUGGUGCCUCCACUCAUCUCACUUCGGUCUCUCCGUGGACCCACUCUCCCCAAGUAGAGCCCCACCAGCCCCUAUACUUUAAUUCAGGUAUUACAAACUGACCACAGUAUUUAAGUGGCAGUCUUUCUCCAAUGUAUUUAUAAUGAUAUAAUCCACAGAUUUUUGGUACGUUAGGAGAGUUGGAGCUUAAAAGCCCUAAAAAGGCACAGAUCCUCAAAGUACAAAGAAGUACUUUCCUUUCUGUUUUUUUGUGUGUUCUCUGUUAAAUGUUUGCUCAGCAUACAUACUCACACGUUCACACAUUUUUACUCCUGAACUUAUUUAAGCUUGCCAUAACAAAGGGGUCGAAUACUUAUUGACUCAAGACAUUUCAGCUUAAAUUAAUUUGUAAAGAUUUUGAAAAACACCAUUCCACUUCGAAGGUUAAUAAUAUUUACAGUAUUUAAGUGGCAGUCUUUCUCCAAUGUACACCACAUGGCCAAAAGUAUGUGGACACCUGCUUGUCGAACAGCUCAUUCCAAAAUCAUAGGCAUUAAUAUGGAGUUGGUCCACCCUUUGCUGCUAUAACAGCCUCCACUCUUCUGGGAAGGCUUUCCACUAGAUGUUGGAACACUGCUGGAGUGAUUUGCUUCCAUUCAGCCACAAGCAUUAGUGAGGUCGGGCACUGAUGUUGGGCGAUUAGGCCUGGCUCGCAGUCAGCGUUACAAUUCAUCCCAAAGGUGUUCAAUGGGGUUGAGGUCAGGGCUCUGUGCAGGCCAGUCAAGUUCUACCACACCGAUCUCGACAAACCAUUUCUGUAUGGACCUCGCUUUGUGCACAGGGGCAUUGUUAUGUUGAAACAGGAAAGGGCCUUCCCCAAACUGUUGCCACAAAGUUGGAAGCACAGACUCGUCUAGAAUGUCAUUUGCAUGCUGUAGCGUUAAGAUUUCCCUUCACUGGAACUAAGGGGCCUAGCCCCAGACCAUUAUUCCUCCUCCACCAAACUUUACAGUUGGCACUAUGCAUUGGGGCAGGUAGCGUUCUCCUGGUAUCCGCCAAACCCAGAUUUGUCUGUCAGACUGCCAGAUUGUGAAGCGUGACUCAUCACUCCAGAGAAUGCGUUUCCACUGCUCCAGAGUCCAAUGGCGGCGAGCUUUACACCACUCCAGCCAACGCUUGGCAUUGCGCAUGGUGAUCUUAGGCUUGUGUGUGGCUGCUCGGCCAAGGAAACCCAUUUCAUGAAGCUCCAGACGAACAGUUAUUGUGCUCACGUUGCUUCCAGAGGCAGUUUGGAACACGGUAGUGAGUGUUGCAAUCGAGGACAGACGAUUUUUACGCGCUUCAGCGCUCGGCGGUCCCGUUCUGUGAGCUUAUGUGGCCUACCACUUCGCGGCUGAGCCGUUACAUGACCCUCCCCUGGACUAGAUUUAUUAAAUACUAAACCCGCCCCCUAUUGAAAUUGAAAAAGCAUGACCCUCCCCCAUUUUCCUCCAGGUACCCAUUAUAUAAUGUAUAGAAUGUAUUAUACAAGAGACAAAGUUCACAUUCUACAGUACAACAGCAGAGUCGUGUAAAACUAACAAUGACUCAAUAAUUCAUGCCUUUUAGGAACGCUAUAAAAUAUAAAGUCAAAGUUAUGGGCGGAGUAAGAAUGCUGGCUGUCAGAAGUAAAUUUACUUUUAAUCCGUCUAUCUGCAUAUUUCAAGACAUGGCAUAUGAGGGUGACGGUGAGAUACCCAAUGGGGUGGACCAUACUUUUCUUGUAAUAAUUUUGGGAAAAAAACGUCUACUCAAAAACUGGAAAUCAAAUGAUCCUCCAUCACUAUGACAGUGGAUGAAUCAAAUGUAUUAUUAUUUAAAUAUUGAUAAGGUGUGGGCUAUGGAAGAAAAAAAUAUCAGUGCAGUUUGAGGCCAUAUGGCAUAGAGUGCUACAAGCGUUGUCGGAUAUUUUUCAUCCUGAUCAGACAGACAUGGACAAUACAUUGGAGAUAAUAUACGACAAGUACUGGAAACAAUAGUACACUAUAAAACAAUAGUACACUAUGAAACAAUAGUACACUAUGAAACAAUAGAACACUAUGAAACAAUAGUACACUAUAAAACAAUAGAACACUAUGAAACAAUAGAACACUAUGAAACAAUAGUACACUAUGAAACACUAGAACAGUAUGAAACAAUAGUACACUAUGAAACACUAGAACACUAUGAAACAAUAGUACACUAUGAAACAAUAGUACACUAUGAAACAAUAGAACACUAUGAAACAAUAGAACACUGAAACAAUAGAACACUAUGAACAUAGAACACUAUGAAAGAACACUAUGAAACAAUAGAACACUAUGAAACAAUAGACACUAUGAAACAUAGACACUAUGAAACAAUAGAACACUUGAAACAAUAGUACACUAUGAAACAUAGAACACUAUGUAAACACAUAGAACACUAUGAAACAAUAGAACACUAUGAACAAACAAUAGACACUAUGAAACAAUAGAACACUUGAAACAAUAGUACACUAUGAAACAUAAAAAUAGACUAUGAAACAAUAGAACACUAUGAAACAAUAGAACACUAUGAAACAAUAGUACACUAUGAAACAAUAGAACACUAUGAAACAAUAGAACACUAUGAAACAAUAGAACACUAUGAAACAAUAGUACACUAUGAAACAAUAGAACACUAUGAAACAAUAGUACACUAUGAAACAAUAGAACACUAUGAAACAAUAGAACACUAUGAAACAAUAGAACACUAUGAAACAAUAGUACACUAUGAAACAAUAGAACACUAUGAAACAAUAGAACACUAUGAAACAAUGACACUAUAACAAUAGUACACUAUGAAACAAUAGACACUAUGAAACAAUAGAACACUAUGAAACAAUAGACACUAUGAAACAAUAGAACACUAUGAAACAAUAGACACUAUGAACAUAACUAUGAAACAAUAGUAACACUAUGAAACAAUAGUACACUAUGAAACAAUAGAACACUAUGAAACAAUAGUACACUAUGAAACAAUAGAACACUGUGAAACAAUAGAACACUAUGAAAAAUUACACUAUGAAACAAACUACACUAUGAACAAUAGAACACUAUGAAACAAUAGACACUAUGAAACAAUAGAACACUGUGAAACAAUAGAACACUAUGAAACAUAGAACACUAUGAACACUAGACACUAUGAAACAAUAAAAUGAACACUAUGAACAAUAGAACACUAUGAAACAAUAGUACACUAUGAAAAAAUAGUAACACUAUGAAACAAUAGAACAUAACAUAAACUAUGACAAUAGACACUAUGAAACAAUAGAACACUAUGAAACAAUAGAACACUAUGAACAAAGACAUAUGAAACCAUAAACACUGAAACAAUAGAAACACUAUGAAAACAAUAGAACACUAUGAAACAAUAGAACACUAUGAAACAAUAGUACACUAUGAAACAAUAGAACACUAUGAAACAAUAGAACACUAUGAAACAAUAGUACACUAUGAAACAAUAGUACACUAUGAAACAAUACUACACUAUGAAACAAUAGAACACUAUGAAACAAUAGUACACUAUGAAACAAUAGAACACUAUGAAACAAUAGAACACUAUGAAACAAUAGUACACUAUGAAACAAUAGAACACUAUGAAACAAUAGUACACUAUGAAACAAUAGUACACUAUGAAACAAUAGAACACUAUGAAACAAUAGAACACUAUGAAACAAUAGAACACUAUGAAACAAUAGUACACUAUGAAACAGCAAGGAAACCAGGCCUGGUCUUCAUAGCAGAUUUUGAAAAGGCCUUUUAUAAAGUACGACUAGAAUACCUUCAUAAAGUAUUCAUACCACUUGAAUUAUUCCACAUUUUGUUGUGUUACAGCCUGAAUUCAAAAUUGAUUAAAUCUGGGGGUUUUCUCAUCCAUCUAUACACAAUACCCCAUAAUGACAAAGUGAAAACAUGUUUUUAGAAAAUGUUUGCAAAUGUAUUAAAUGAAAUACAGAAAUAUCUAAUUUACAUAAGUAAUCACACCCCUGAGUCAAUACGUGUUAGAAUCACCUUUGGCAGCGAUAACAACUGUGAGUCUUUCUGGGUAAGUCUCUAAGAGCUUUCCACACCUGGAUUGUACAACAUUUACCCAUUUUAUUAUUUUCAGAAUUCUUCAAGCUCUUGUCAAAUUGGUUGUUGAUCGUUGCUAGACAGCCAUUUUAUUUAUUAUUUAUUUAUUUUUUGUCAUUUAGCAGACGCUCUUAUCCAGAGCGACUUACAGGAGCAAUUAGGGUUAAGUGCCUUGCUCAAGGGCACAUUUUCAAGUCUUGUCAGUGAUUUUCAUGCAGAUAUAAGUCAAAACUGUAACUCGGCCACUCAGGAACAUUCACUGUCCUCUUGGUAAGCAACUCCAGUGUAGAGGAAAACCAGUUCAGUCUGCCAUGUGUUAUUGUCCUGCUGAAAGGUGAAUUAAUCUCCUGGUGUCUGGUGGGAAAGCAGAAUGAACCAGGUUUUUCUCUACGAUUUUGCCUGUGCUUAGCUCCAUUCCGUUUAUUUUUUAUCCUGAAAAACUAACUAGUCCUUAACGAUUACAAGCAUACCCAUAACAUGAUGCAGCCACUACUAGGCUUGAAAUAUGGAGGGUUGUGAGUUGUAUUCAGUAAUGUGUUGUAUUGGAUUUGCCCCAAACAUAACACUUUGUAUUCAGGACAAAAAGUUAAUUGCUUUGCCACAUUUUUAGCAGUAUUACUUUAGUGCCUUGUUGCAAACAGUAUGCAUGUUUUGGAAUAUUUUAUUUUGUACAGGCUUCCUUUUCACUCUGUCAAUUAGGUUAGUAUUAUGGAGUAACUACAAUGUUGUUGAUCCAUCCUCAGUUUUCUCCUAUCACAGCCAUUAAACUCUGUAACUGUUUUAAAGUCACCAUUGGCCUCAUGGUGAAAUCCCUGAGCGGUUUCCUUCCUCUCCGGCAACUGAGUUAGUAAGGACGCCUGUAUCUUUGUAGUGACUGGGUGUAUUGAUACACCAUCCAAAGUGUAAUUAAUAAUUUCACCAUUCUCAAAGGGAUAUUUAUUUUUUUACCCAUCUACCAAUAGGUGCCCUUCAUUGCGAGACAUUGCAAAACCUCCCUGGUCUUUGUGGUUGAAUCUGUGUUUAAAAUUCACUGCUCGACUGAGGGACCUUACAGAUAAUUGUAUAUGUGGGGUACGGAGAUGAGGUAGUCAUUCAAAAAUCAUGUUAAACACUAUUAUUGCACACAGAGUGAGUGCAUGCAACCUGUGACUUGUUAAGCAAAUCUUUACUCCUGAACUUAUUUAGGCAUGCUAUAUCAAAGGGGUUGAAAUGUCUAAAUACAUCAUUCCACUUUGACAUUAUGGGGCAUUGUGUGUAGGCCAGUGACAAUUUUAAAAUCAGACUUUAGCACAACAAAAUGUGGAAAAAGUCAAGGGGUGAAUACUUUCUGAAGGCACUGUAUAAAUGCAUGGACUAUUUUCACUUUGGGUUAAACUUAUGUAUAGUAACCCUAGGUGUAAAAUAGUAAAUAAUAGCUACUUCUCAGAAAGUAUUAAACUGUCAAGAGGAGUAAAAGCUAUUACAGUGGGGGGAAAAAGUAUUUAGUCAGCCACCAAUUGUGCAAGUUCUCCCACUUAAAAAGAUGAGAGGCCUGUAAUUUUCAUCAUAGGUACACGUCAACUAUGACAGACAAAUUGAGAUUUAUUUUCUCCAGAAAAUCACAUUGUAGGAUUUUUAAUGAAUUUAUUUGCAAAUUAUGGUGGAAAUUAAGUAUUUGGUCACCUACAAACAAGCAAGAUUUCUGGCUCUCACAGACCUGUAACUUAUUCUUUAAGAGGCUCCUCUGUCCUCCACUCGUUACCUGUAUUAAUGGCACCUGUUUGAACUUGUUAUCAGUAUAAAAGACACCUGUCCACAACCUCAAACAGUCACACUCCAAACUCCACUAUGGCCAAGACCAAAGAGCUGUCAAAGGACACCAGAAACAAAAUUGUAGACCUGCACCAGGCUGGGAAGACUGAAUCUGCAAUAGGUAAGCAGCUUGGUUUGAAGAAAUCAACUGUGGGAGCAAUUAUUAGGAAAUGGAAGACAUACAAGACCACUGAUAAUCUCCCUCGAUCUGGGGCCCACGCAAGAUCUCACCCCGUGGGGUCAAAAUGAUCACAAGAACGGUGAGCAAAAAUCCCAGAACCACACGGGGGGACCUAGUGAAUGACCUGCAGAGAGCUGGGACCAAAGUAACAAAGCCUACCAUCAGUAACACACUACGCCGCCAGGGACUCAAAUCCUGCAGUGCCAGAGGUGUCCCCCUGCUUAAGCCAGUACAUGUCCAGGCCCGUCUGAAGUUUGCUAGAGUGCAUUUGGAUGAUCCAGAAGAGGAUUGGGAGAAUGUCAUAUGGUCAGAUGAAACCAAAAUAGAACCUUUUGGUAAAAACUCAACUCGUCGUGUUUGGAGGACAAAGAAUGCUGAGUUGCAUCCAAAGAACACCAUACCUACUGUGAAGCAUGGGGGUGGAAACAUCAUGCUUUGGGGUUUUUCUGCAAAGGGACCAGGACGACUGAUCCGUGUAAAGGAAAGAAUGAAUGGGGCCAUGUAUCGUGAGAUUUUGAGUGAAAACCUCCUUCCAUCAGCAAGGGCAUUGAAGAUGAAACGUGGCUGGGUCUUUCAGCAUGACAAUGAUCCCAAACACACCGCCCGGGCAACGAAGGAGUGGCUUCGUAAGAAGCAUUUCAAGGUCCUGGAGUGGCCUAGCCAGUCUCCAGAUCUCAACCCCAUAGAAAAUCUUUGGAGGGAGUUGAAAGUCCGUGUUGCCCAGCGACAGCCCCAAAACAUCACUGCUCUAGAGGAGAUCUGCAUGGAGGAAUGGGCCAAAAUACCAGCAACAGUGUGUGAAAACCUUGUGAAGACUUACAGAAAACGUUUGACCUGUGUCAUUGCCAACAAAGGGUAUAUAACAAAGUAUUGAGAAACUUUUGUUAUUGACCAAAUACUUAUUUUCCACCAUAAUUUGCAAAUAAAUUCAUUAAAAAUCCUACAAUGUGAUUUUCAGGAUUUUUUUUCUUCUCAUUUUGUCUGUCAUAGUUGACGUGUACCUAUGAUGAAAAUUACAGGCCUCUCUCAUCUUUUUAAGUGGGAGAACUUGCACAAUUGGUGGCUGACUAAAUACUUUUUUCCCCCACUGUAUAUCCUAAUCUGACUUUGGUGCAGGUCAUGUUGUUCUUCACAUUACUGUCUCUGGUAACACCACACUAUAUCAAAUAAAAUCUGAGUUUAUUUGUCACAUGCACAGGAUACAUAAGGUGUAAACGGUACAGUGAAAUGGUUACUUGCAUAGUGGAGUCUUUUGUUUAGACAUCUAGCUAGCUAGCUAAACAAUGAACCAUAAUCCCAACUCUUAAGGCCGCGUUCAAAACAACUGGGAACUCGGAAAUCUCCUACUUCCGACUUCAGUGCGUUUGAAAACAACUGGGAACUCGGAAAUCUCCUACUUCUGACUUCAGUGCGUUGAAAACAACUGGGAACUUUGGGAAAAAACGAGCUCCGACUGGGAAAAAUAGAUUUGAACGGCCAUCCAACUCGGAAUUCCAACUCGGGUCCCUUUCUAGAGCUCUGACUUUCCGACCUGAAGAUCACUGACGUCAUGAUUUGACCUCGUAUUUUUCCGAGAUCCCAGUUGUUUUGAAUGCGGCAUUACAUCCAUGCAUGAAUCUGCAGGUAGCUAAAGCUAACCAACUAGGUUCAAUGUUAGCUAGCUAGCUAACAUUAGGCUAUAACUAGCAAUGUAAUUGGCUUUCUGAGAUACUAAUAAUAUUACUACACAGAUCAUACGCGUAACGUUAGCUAGCUAGGAGAACACAGGCAGGUAGCCUGGCAAUAGGCCAGUCUACUGGAGGGAGGACUAGCUCCAUUAAAUCUGGGGUGAAAUUGAAAACUCCUCAUUAUCAUGGGUGUGUUGUGGCCCGCUGAAUGUAAGUAGUGUAGUACUGUACUACUGUAGUGUAGUACUAUAGUACUGUAGUGUAGUAGUGUAGUACUGUACUACUGUAAUGUAGUACUUUAGUGUAGUACUAUAGUGUAGUUCUAUAGUACUGUGGUGUAGUACUGUACUACUGUAAUGUAGUACUUUAGUGUAGUACUAUAGUGUAGUUCUAUAGUACUGUGGUGUAGUACUGUACUACUGUAGUGUAGUACUAUAGUGUAGUUGUAUAGUACUGUGGUGUAGGACUGUAGUGUAGUACUAUAGUGUAGUACUAUAGUGUAGUUCUAUAGUACUGUGGUGUAGUACUGUAAUGCACCAAGCACAACACAGAGAGCAGCCUGAGUGGGCCAUACAUGGGGCCGGGAGCUUUCCCUCACUACGUGACCAGACCAGGGGCCCUAAGAGGCCAUAACUGGGGGCCUGAGCCUGGCCCCCUGUAUAACCAGGGGCCCUAACUGGGGGCCUGAGCCUGGCCCCCUGUAUAACCAGGGGCCCUAACUGGGGGCCUGAGCCUAGCCCCCUGUAUAACCAGGGGCCCUAACUGGGGGCCUGAGCCUAGCCCCCUGUAUAACCAGGGGCCCUAACUGGGGGCCUGAGCCUAGCCCCCUGUAUAACCAGGGGCCCUAACUGGGGGCCUGAGCCUAGCCCCCUGUAUAACCAGGGGCCCUAACUGGGGGCCUGAGCCUAGCCCCCUGUAUAACCAGGGGCCCUAACUGGGGGCCUGAGCCUAGCCCCCUGUAUAACCAGGGGCCCUAACUGGGGGCCUGAGCCUAGCCCCCUGUAUAACCAGGGGCCCUAACUGGGGGCCUGAGCCUAGCCCCCUGUAUAACCAGGGGCCCUAAGAGGCCAUAACUGGGGGCCUGAGCCUGGCCCCCUGUAUAACCAGGGGCCCUAACUGGGGGCCUGAGCCUAGCCCCCUGUAUAACCAGGGGCCAUAACUGGGGGCCUGAGCCUAGCCCCCUGUAUAACCAGGGGCCCUAAGAGGCCAUAACUGGGGGCCUGAGCCUAGCCCCCUGUAUAACCAGGGGCCCUAACUGGGGGCCUGAGCCUAGCCCCCUGUAUAACCAGGGGCCCUAACUGGGGGCCUGAGCCUAGCCCCCUGUAUAACCAGGGGCCCUAAGAGGCCAUAACUGGGGGCCUGAGCCUGGCCCCCUGUAUAACCAGGGGCCCUAACUGGGGGCCUGAGCCUAGCCCCCUGUAUAACCAGGGGCCCUAACUGGGGGCCUGAGCCUAGCCUCACUUCUAUACAGGGGGAAAAGUAGAUUACAUUUAUUCCCGGUACGUGGACCUCGUAUGUGUUCACAUGCUUUUAAAUGAUGGGCCUUAUCAUAGAAUUAGGUUUACGUAUAGUCUAGAAUCCCUAUAGGAUCUCAAUGGGCCUAGUAGCACAUAUGUCGUUUAACUUUUUAAAAUGUAUUAGCUUACAUUUUUUUAUGUGGCAUAAACACAACCAGUCAUGAUGUUUUCAUCUGAUUGUCAAACAAUUACUUCAAAAACGUUCACGUGGGAUGCUUGAUUAUUAAUUUGUUAAGCCUAAUUUACAUACUUCUCUGCUUAUUUCUGACAUUUGAAAGGCUAUUUGUUAGUCAACUUGUCUAACUAGAUACAGUGGGGAAAAAAAGUAUUGAGUCAAAUCAAAUGAAAUAAAAUUUUAUUGGUCACAUGCGCCAAAUACAACAGGUGCAGACAUUACAGUGAAAUGCUUACUUACAGCCCUUAACCAACAGUGCAUUUAUUUUUAACAAAAAAAGUAAAAAUAAAACAACAACAAAAAAAGUGUUGAGAAAAAAAGAGCAGAAGUAAAAUAAAACAACAGUAGGGAGGCUAUAUAUACAGGGGGGUACCGGUGCAGAGUCAAUGUGCGGGGGCACCGGCUAGUUGAGGUAAUAUGUACAUGUGGGUAGAGUUAAAGUGACUAUGCAUAAAUAAUUAACAGAGUAGCAGCAGCGUAAAAAGGAUGGGGUGGGGGGGCAGUGCAAAUAGUCCGGGUAGCCAUGAUUAGCUGUUCAGGAGUCUUAUGGCUUGGGGGUAGAAGCUGUUGAGAAGUCUUUUGGACCUAGACUUGGCACUCCGGUACCGCUUGCCGUGCGGUAGCAGGGAGAACAGUCUAUGACUAGGGUGGCUGGAGUCUUUGACAAUUUUGAGGCCACCAAUUGUGCAAGUUCUCCCACUUAAAAAGACGAGAGAGGCCUGUAAUUUUCAUCAUAGGUACACGUCAACUAUGACAGACAAAUAGAGAAAAAUAAAUCCAGAAAAUUACAUUGUAGGAUUUUUAAUGAAUUUAUUUGCAAAUUAUGGUGGAAAAUAAGUGUAGAUGCAGCUUAUCUUCUGUCAUUACUUGAUGCUGGUCUAGAAUACUAAAUAAAGUCUUGCUCACCAGAAUAAUGUCAUAAAUGAUACAAUGAUCAAUGCAUCAUCCACAAUCUAGUUGACAUAGGUAAAGAUCUCUCUUUCAUUUUUGCUUCUCUUAUGGAGCGAGGCCAUUUAGGGACCAGGGAGAUUUUCCAAAUUACAUCAGUUUAAAUGGUUUUAAGGAAAUGAAAAGCUGUGAAAAAACGAUCCAACAAGUUUCUGAUAGAAUAUGCAUCCAAGACUAACUGAAAUACUAUGUGGUUGAAAAAUGAAAUACUGUCCAGCUUUUAUGUCGCUGGAAGAAAUGUUAGGUUUAGGCUACACAACGCGCGUUAGCAUUCUCUCAAGAUGCUGAAAGAAAUAAAUCAUACUUCUCCACUCCUGUUCCCGAGACAAAAUGUACAUUUGAUCUAUAACUUUACUGUGAGGAACACUUCAUUGUGCAGGAGUUAAUAUUAUAAUGGGCUACAUGUAAAGCCUACAGUCAGUGUCCAGACUUCAGUUACUUUUCCAACUAUUAGGCUACGUAUGGAACAUUUCUGGGAUCUUUUAUUUCAGCUCAUGAAACAUGCGACCAACAUGUUGCGUUUUAUAUUUUGUUCAGUAUACAGUGAGUUCGGAAAGUAUUCAUGUUACGUUACAGCCUUAUUCAAAAAUGUAUUAAGUAAAUAAUGUUCCUCAUCAAUCUACACACAAUACCCCAUAAUGACAAAGCAAAAACGUUUUCCUUUUUUUUGUGCAGAUUUAUUAAAAAUAUGAAACAGAAAUACCUUAUUUACAUAAGUAUUCAGACCCUUUGCUAUGAGACUUGAAAAUGAGCUCAAGUGCAUCCUGUUUCCAUUGAUCAUCCUUGAGAUGUUUCUACAACUUGAUUGGAGUCCACCUGUGGUAAAUUCAAUUGAUUGGACAUGAUUUGGAAAGGCACACAUCUGUAUUUGUAUUUAUUAUGGAUCCCAAUUAGCUGCUGCCAAGGCUACGCUUCCUGGGGUCCAGCAAAAUUAAGGCAGUUCAUACAAUUUUAAAAGCAUUACAAUACAUUCACAUUUCACAACACACUGUGUGCCCUCAGGCCCUUACUCCACCACUACCACUUAUCUACAGUACAACAAUCCAUGUGUACGUGUGUGUAUAUUGCGUAUGUUAUCAUGUGUUUGUAUGCAUGUGUCUGUGUCUAUGUUUGUGUUGCUUCACAGUCCCCGCUGUUCCAUAAGGUGUAUUUUUAUCUGUUUUUUAAAAUCUAACUUUACUGCUUGCAUCAGUUACUUGUUGUGGAAUAGAGUUCCAUGUAGUCAUGGCUCUAUGAGUCUGUUAUGGACAUGUCAUGCCUACAUUUGCUAAUCUUGCCAAUGAAAAAAUAAUUAAAGUAGUUGGCAAUAUCAGUUGGUUUUGUGAUGAAUGAGCCUUCUGAUUCAAUGAAUGAUGGAGCUGAGUUUGCCUUUUUCCCCAAAAUUUCAUUUAAGGUACUCCAAAGCUUUUUACUAUAAUUCUUUGUCAUUUAUUUUUGUUUUUGUCAUUUAUUUUUGUUUCAUAGUGUAGUUUCUUAUUUUCAUUCAGUUUAGUCACAUGAUUUCUCAAUUUGCAAUACGUUUGCCAAUCGGUUGUGCAGCCAGACUUAUUUGCCAUUCCUUUUGACUCAUCCCUCUCAACCAUACAGUUUUUCAGUUCCUCAUCAACCCACGGGGAUUUAAGUUUUUACAGUCAUUUUCUUAAUGGGUGCAUGCUUAUUAGUAACUGGAAUAAGCAAUUUCAUAAAUGUGUCAAGUGCAGUGUCUGUUUGCUCCUCAUUACACACCGCGGACCAACAUAUACAGUUGAAGUCGGAAGUUUACAUACACUUAGAUUGGAGUCAUUAAAACUCAUUUUUAAACCACUCCACACAUUUCUUGUUAACAAACUAUAGUUUUGGCAAGUCGGUUAGGACAUCUACUUUGUGCAUGACACAAGUAAUUGUUCCAACAAUUGUUUACAGACAGAUUAUUUCACUUAUAAUUCACUGUAUCACAAUUCCAGUGGGACAGAAGUUUACAUACACUAAGUGGACUGUGCCUUUGAACAGCUUGGAAAGUUCUAGAAAAUGAUGUCAUGGCUUUAGAAGCUUCUGAUAGGCUAAUUGACAUAAUUUGAGUCAAUUGGAGGUGUACCUGUGGAUGUAUUUCAAGGCCUACCUUCAAACUCAGUGCCUCUUUGCUUGACAUCAUGGGAAAAUCAAAAGAAAUCAGUCUGGUUAAUCCUUGGGAGCAAUUUCCAAACGCCUGAAGGUACCACAUUCAUCUGUACAAACAAUAGUACGCAAGUAUAAACACCAUGGGACCACGCAGCCGUCAUACCGCUCAGGAAGGAGACGCGUUCUGUCUCCUAGAGAUGAACGUACUUUUCCCCAGAUCUAUGCCUCAACACAAUCCUGUCUCUGAGCUCUACAGACUAUUCCUUCAGAUUCUGUCUCUCACAGUUGAAGUGUACCUAUGAUAAAAAUUACAGACCUCUACAUGCUUUGUAAGUAGGAAAACCUGCAAAAUCGGCAGUGUAUCAAAUACUUGUUCUCCCACUGUAUGAUGUUUUUUUUGUUAGUGUCUAGUAGAGUCAAUCAGUUCUUUAAAAUCCAGUUUAAACAGUUCAGAGCUGCCCUUCAUAAUGUCAUUAAAACCCACAUGGACUACGAUAUAAUCAAUUUCCAUGUCCUGACUUAGUACAUUCAGGAGCAGCUUAGUAAUGUAUUUUACUUGAGCUCCGGGAUAGGAUAUUGUUUUUGCACCAGGAACAGUCACAUUUCUAUCAUGGAGCUGCCCAAAAUCACGGCUGGCGAGAAGGACGAGGAAAUCCGCCCACUCCCACACUUCAAAGGAUGGUGCAGGCCUCCGACAGAUGGAGAACCCUGCUCGAUCCAGAGCAGGGACGGAAGGUUGCCGACGUCGACUUCCAAAUCGUAGUAGACACAGGCACCCCCAGCGACGUAGGUGCAAGAAGAUCAGGCUCCAGGGCGGCGAAACUAUUGGUUGUUUGUAUCCGCUCCGGGCCUCUCGUUGGGAGUGUAGACUGCUUUGCAGCAGGCUGCUGUCUUCGGCUUCCACGGCUCGUGACAUGCGACCAUCGUUGAUUGCCUUUCUCCUCAUGCUGUGCUCCUUCGACGGCGCUACCAGAAUGGGGAGCUCCGGGCAACACCGGCCAGUCGGAUAACGACAAACGACAAGACGGAGAUGCAUUCAACAAGCGCGAACGCCGUCCAGCCACCAGCCUAUAAAGGUAAACAUUCCACUCUGCGUUUUUCCCCAGUUUCUUACGUGGCGACAAGCACCUCAAGCCCAUAAUCCUCGGCAAGUAAACAAUUGCCGCAUUGGAACUCCGAGUGAUCCGAAACAAAGCGAAAUAGAUACAGCUCCUACAGCACUGGAACCGUUCAUUUAGUUCUCCAGACGCAAAAACAAUUUCUGUGUUCGUAUUUAUGAAUAGCAUUUUUGUUUUAAUCAAAAAUAACAAACCAAGUGUUUUCCAGCAUACAAUGUUCAGCUGCGCGCUCUGAUCUAUGUCAGGUCCCACAGUUGACAGUGCAUGUCAGAGCAAAAACCAAGCCAUGAGAUCGAAGGAAUAGUCUGUAGAGCUCAGAGACAGGAUUGUGUCGAGGCAUAGAUCUGGGGAAGGGUACCAAAAAAUGUCUGCAGCAUUGAAGGUCCCCAAGAACACAGUGGCCUCCAUCAUUCUUAAAUGGAAGAAGUUUGGAACCACCAAGACUCUUCCUAGAGCUGGCCACCCGGCCAAACUGAGCAAUCGGGGGAGAAGGGCCUUGGUUAUGGAGGUGACCAAGAACCCGAUGGUCACUCUUACAGAGCUCCAGAGUUCCUCUAGGAAGAUGGGAGAACCUUCCAGAAGGACAACCAUCUCUGCAGCACUCCACCAAUCAGGCCUUUAUGGUAGAGUGGCCAGACGGAAGCCACUCCUCAGUAAAAGGCACAUGACAGCCCGCUUGGAGUUUGCCAAAAGGCACCUAAAGGACUCUGACCAUGAGAAACAAGAUUCUCUGGUCUGAUGAAACCAAGAUUGAACUCUUUGGCCUGAAUACCAAGCGUCACAUCUGGAGGAAGCCAGGCACCGCUCAUCACCUGGCCAAUACCAUCCAUACAGUGAAGCGUGGUGGCAGCAUCAUGCUGUGGGGAUGUUUUUCAGCGGCAGGGACUGGGAGACUAGUCUAACAUCUCUGGAGAGACCUGAAAAUAGCUGUGCAGCGAUGCUCCCCAUCCAACAUGACAGAGCUUGAGAGGAUCUGCAGAGAAGAAUGGGAGAAACUCCACAAAUACGGGUGUGCCAAGCUUGUAGCGUCAUAUGCUAAAUGAUGUAAAUGUAAUACCCAAGAAAACUUGAGGCUGCAACCACUGCCAAAGGUGCUUCAACAAAGUACUGAGUAAAGGGUCUGAAUACUAAUGUAAAUGUGAUAUUUCCGUUUUUUUUUAAAUACAUUUGCAAACAUUUCUAUAAACCUGUUUUUGCUGUGUCAUUAUGGGGUGUUAUGUGUAGAUUGAUGAGGGAAAAAAACUAUUUAAUCAAUUUUAGAAUAAGGCUGUUAAGUAACAAAAUGUGAAAAAAUUCAAGGGGUCAAAUUACUUUCCGAAUGCACUGUAUAUUGAUGUUCUGUGUUCUAUAUUGAUGUUCUGUGUUCUAUAUUGAUGUUCUGUGUUCUAUAUUGAUGUUCUGUGUUCUAUUUUGAUGUUCUGUGUUUGAUAUUGAUGUUCUGUGUUCUAUAUUGAUGUUCGGUGUUCUAUAUUGGUGAUGUCAUCCUACAGAUAUCAAUCUGCUGGAGAAGUCCAAUCAGAGAGCCAUCAUCACUAAAGGCAUCCUGGGAUCUGGUUCAAGGUCAUUAUUACACUAGAAGAAUGAGGUUGUCAAUGUACUUAAUUCUCAAUGGACGUAUUUAGCUUGUUUGGAUGUGUAAGGCCAGGAGUUUCCCACUCAGGAAGAACUCUGCCCUAUUGAUGUGUGUGAUAGAAAUCUGUAUGGAAUAUUUCCUGUGAGAGAUUGUUUGUCCUGUUUGUUAAGUGUCUGUGUGUUUUGUAUUUGUAUUUAUUAUGGAUCCCCAUUAGUUCCUGCCAGGGCAGCAGCUACUCUUCCCGGGGUUUAUUAUGGAUCCCCAUUAGUUCCUGCCAGGACAGCAGCUACUCUUCCUGGGGUUUAUUAUGGAUCCCCAUUAGUUCCUGUCAAGGCAGCAGCUACUCUUCCUGGGGUUUAUUAUGGAUCCCCAUUAGUUCCUGCCAGGACAGCAGCUACUCUUCCUGGGGUUUAUUAUGGAUCCCCAUUAGUUCCUGCCAGGACAGCAGCUACUCUUCCUGGGGUUUAUUAUGGAUCCCCAUUAGUUCCUGUCAAGGCAGCAGCUACUCUUCCUGGGGUUUAUUAUGGAUCCCCAUUAGUUCCUGCCAAGGCAGCAGCUACUCUUCCUGGGGUUUAUUAUGGAUCCCCAUUAGUUCCUGCCAGGGCAGCAGCUACUCUUCCUGGGGUUUAUUAUGGAUCCCCAUUAGUUCCUGCCAAGGCAGCAGCUACUCUUCCUGGGGUCCAAACACAUUAAGACACUUAUGUUACACUUAAAAUAAAACAGUACAUCAUAUAACAUUAUUAUACCACUACAUAUCUACAAUACAACAUGUAUAAUCCCACCAUACAACAAUAUUACAAUGUACGUGUGUGUAGAGUGUGUGUGCUAGCGUUUGUGUGUGUAUGCGUGUGUCUGUACCCCUGUGUGUGUCUCUUCACAGUCCCCGCUGUUCCAUAAGGUGUGUUUUUACCUGUUUUACCUGUUUUAUCUGUUUCUACUGCUUACAUCAGUUACUUGAUGUGGAAUAUAGUUCCAUGUAGUCAUGGCUCUAUGUAGUACUGUGCGCCUCCCAUAGUCUGUUCUGGACUUGGGGACUGUGAAGAGACCUCUGGUGGCAUGUCUUGUGGGGUAUGCAUGGGUGUCCGAGCUGUGUGCUAGUAGUUUAAACAGACAGCCCGGUACAUUCAGCUUGUCAACACUUCUUACAAAAACAAGUAGUGAUGAAGUCAAUCUCUCUCCCACUUUGAGCCAUGAAAGAUUGACAUGCAUAUUAUUAAUGUUAGCUCUCUGUGUACAUUUAAGGGCCAGCCGUGCUGCCCUGUUCUGAGCCAAUUGCAAUUUUUUUAAGUCAUUCUUUGUGGCACCUGACCACACUACUGAACAGUAGUCUGGGUGCGAUUGUGGGUUUGACGUCUUGAGACCCUAACCUGUGAACGUGUCUUUGACCUCACAGGUACCCAGCCUCCUCCAACGAUUCCUUGACGUCUCUGAUUUCCAAGAAUGAUGAUCUGAAGAAAACAACUGGAGAGGUAGGAAACAGCAAGUAACUGUGUAAUAUACAGGCAGGGACUCUUGAUUUGACAUUAUGCUGUCGGCAACAGUUUCAGUUUCAGUUCAUCAUUCAGAGAGCUGCCAUGUUGAAAAUCAACUCACUGGCAACAUCACCUUAUCGUUGCAUUAUUGAUAUAAGGCGUAGUCUCCACCAAUCUGUCAUAAAGCAAAACAUAUGUAUUGUGAUACUGUCUGUCAGUGAUACCCAGAGAGAGAGAGAAAGACUAAACCAAGAAGCAGACAUCCUGCCUUACAUGUUUACAUUUACAUUUUAGUCAUUUAGCAGACGCUCUUAUCCAGAGCCACUUACAGUUAGUGAGUGCAUGCAUUAUUUUUUUAUUUUCAUACUGGCACCCCGUGGGAAUCGAACACACAACCCUGGCGUUGCAAACGCCAUGCUCUACCAACUGAGCUACAUCCCUGCCGGCUAUUCCCUCCCCUACCCUGGACGACACUGGGCCAAUUGUGCGCCGCCCCAUGGGUCUCCCGGUCGCGGCCGGCUACGACCGAGCCUGGAUUCGAACCAGGAUCUCUAGUGGCACAGCUAGCACUGCGAUGCAGCGCCUUAGACCACUGCGCCCCUCGGGAGAGCCUUGUUCUGGUCCUGUGAAUGGUGUGCUCCUUAUUCAACUGUAAAAGGCAUCAGUUUGCUGAUCAUCUCUGUCUUUGACAUCUACGGCAUAGAGAUACAAUAUCUUACAAUACAAUGCCUGAUAACUGUGAGUCUCUACUGUGUCUUUAGUUGACAGACUCUACUGUGAGUCUCUACUGUGUCUCUAGUUGACAGACUCUACUGUGAGUCUCUACUGUGUCUCUAGUUGACAGACUCUACUGUGAGUCUCUACUGUGUCUCUACUUGACAGACUCUACUGUGUUUUCUAGCUGGCCUACCAGGUAGUGGAGCUCCAGCAGGAGAUUAAGAUCAAAGACUCCGUACUGGAAGAACAACAUGCCAGGUGAGACUGAUUCUGUAGAACAACAUGCCAGGUGAGACUGAUUCUGUAGAACAACAUGCCAGGUGAGACUGAUUAUGUAGAACAACAUGCCAGGUGAGACUGAUUCUGUAGAACAACAUGCCAGGUGAGACUGAUUCUGUAGAACAACAUGCCAGGUGAGACUGAUUCUGUAGAACAACAUGCCAGGUCAGGGUGAUUCUGUAGAACAACAUGCCAGGUGAGACUGAUUAUGUAGAGCAACAUGCCAGGUGAGACUGAUUCUGUAGAACAACAUGCCAGGUGAGACUGAUUCUGUAGAACAACAUGCCAGGUGAGACUGAUUCUGUAGAACAACAUGCCAGGUGAGACUGAUUCUGUAGAACAACAUGCCAGGUCAGGGUGAUUCUGUAGAACAACAUGCCAGGUGAGACUGAUUAUGUAGAGCAACAUGCCAGGUGAGACUGAUUCUGUAGAACAACAUGCCAGGUGAGACUGAUUCUGUAGAACAACAUGCCAGGUGAGACUGAUUCUGUAGAACAACAUGCCAGGUGAGACUGAUUCUGUAGAACAACAUGCCAGGUCAGGGUGAUUCUGUAGAACAACAUGCCAGGUGAGACUGAUUAUGUAGAGCAACAUGCCAGGUGAGACUGAUUCUGUAGAACAACAUGCCAGGUGAGACUGAUUCUGUAGAACAACAUGCCAGGUGAGACUGAUUCUGUAGAACAACAUGCCAGGUGAGACUGAUUCUGUAGAACAAGGUGAGGCUGAUUCUGUAGAACAACAUGCCAGGUGAUUCUGUAGAACAACAUGCCAGGUGAGACUGAUUAUGUAGAACAACAUGCCAGGUGAUUCUGUAGAACAACAUGCCAGGUGCGACUGAUUCUGUAGAACAACAUGCCAGGUGAGACUGAUUCUGUAGAACAACAUGCCAGGUGAGACUGAUUCUGUAGAGCAACAUGCCAGGUUAUUCUGUAGAACAACAUGCCAGGUGAUUCUGUAGAACAACAUGCCAGGUGAUUCUGUAGAACAACAUGCCAGGUGAUUCUGUAGAACAACAUGCCAGGUGAGACUGAUUCUGUAGAACAAGGUGAGGCUGAUUCUGUAGAACAACAUGCCAGGUGAUUCUGUAGAACAACAUGCCAGGUGAGACUGAUUCUGUAGAACAACAUGCCAGGUGAGGCUGAUUCUGUAGAACAACAUGCCAGGUGAUUCUGUAGAACAACAUGCCAGGUGCGACUGAUUCUGUAGAACAACAUGCCAGGUGAGACUGAUUCUGUAGAACAACAUGCCAGGUAAGACUGAUUCUGUAGAGCAACAUGCCAGGUUAUUCUGUAGAACAACAUGCCAGGUGAUUCUGUAGAACAACAUGCCAGGUGAUUCUGUAGAACAACAUGCCAGGUGAUUCUGUAGAACAACAUGCCAGGUGAUUCUGUAGAACAACAUGCCAGGUGAUUCUGUAGAACAACAUGCCAGGUGAGACUGAUUCUGUAGAACAACAUGCCAGGUGAGACUGAUUCUGUAGAACAUCAUGCCAGGUGAGACUGAUUAUGUAGAACAACAUGCCAGGUGAGACUGAUUCUGUAGAACAACAUGCCAGGUGAUUCUGUAGAACAACAUGCCAGGUUAGGGUGAUUCUGUAGAACAACAUGCCAGGUCAGGGUGAUUCUGUAGAACAACAUGCCAGGUCAGGGUGAUUCUGUAGAGCAACAUGCCAGGUUAGGGUGAGUCUGUAGAACAACAUGCCAGGUCAGGGUGAUUCUGUAGAACAACAUGCCAGGUCAGGGUGAUUCUGUAGAACAACAUGCCAGGUGCGACUGAUUCUGUAGAACAACAUGCCAGUUUAGACUGAUUCUGUAGAACAACAUGCCAGGUUAUUCUGUAGAACAACAUGCCAGGUUAUUCUGUAGAACAACAUGCCAGGUGCGACUGAUUCUGUAGAGCAACAUGCCAGGUUAUUCUGUAGAACAACAUGCCAGGUGAUUCUGUAGAACAACAUGCCAGGUGAUUCUGUAGAACAACAUGCCAGGUGAUUCUGUAAAACAACAUGCCAGGUGAUUCUGUAGAACAACAUGCCAGGUGAGACUGAUUCUGUAGAACAACAUGCCAGGUGAGACUGAUUCUGUAGAACAACAUGCCAGGUGAGACUGAUUCUGUAGAACAACAUGCCAGGUGAGACUGAUUCUGUAGAACAACAUGCCAGGUGAGGCUGAUUCUGUAGAACAACAUGCCAGGUGAUUCUGUAGAACAACAUGCCAGGUCAGGGUGAUUCUGUAGAACAACAUGCCAGGUCAGGGUGAUUCUGUAGAACAACAUGCCAGGUCAGGGUGAUUCUGUAGAACAACAUGCCAGGUCAGGGUGAUUCUGUAGAACAACAUGCCAGGUGAGACUGAUUCUGUAGAACAACAUGCCAGGUGAGACUGAUUCUGUAGAACAACAUGCCAGGUGGUUAUGUAGAACAACAUGCCAGGUCAGACUGAUUCUGUAGAACAACAUGCCAGGUGAGACUGAUUCUGUAGAACAACAUGCCAGGUGAGACUGAUUCUGUAGAACAACAUGCCAGGUAGGGCUGAUUCUGUAGAACAACAUGCCAGGUGAUUAUGUAGAACAACAUGCCAGGUCAGACUGAUUCUGUAGAACAACAUGCCAGGUGAGACUGAUUAUGUAGAGCAACAUGCCAGGUGAGACUGAUUCUGUAGAACAACAUGCCAGGUGAGACUGAUUCUGUAGAACAACAUGCCAGGUGAGACUGAUUCUGUAGAACAACAUGCCAGGUGAGACUGAUUCUGUAGAACAACAUGCCAGGUAAGACUGAUUAUGUAGAGCAACAUGCCAGGUGAGACUGAUUCUGUAGAACGACAUGCCAGGUGCGACUGAUUCUGUAGAACAACAUGCCAGGUGCGACUGAUUCUGUAGAACAACAUGCCAGGUGCGACUGAUUCUGUAGAGCAACAUGCCAGGUGAUUCUGUAGAACAACAUGCCAGGUGCUUCUGUAGAACAACAUGCCAGGUGAUUCUGUAGAAGAACAUGCCAGGUCAUUCUGUAGAACAACAUGCCAGGUGAUUCUGUAGAACAACAUGCCAGGUGAGACUGAUUCUGUAGAGCAACAUGCCAGGUGAGACUGAUUCUGUAGAGCAACAUGCCAGGUGCGACUGAUUCUGUAGAACAACAUGCCAGGUGAGACUGAUUCUGUAGAACAACAUGCCAGGUGAGACUGAUUCUGUAGAACAACAUGCCAGGUGAGACUGAUUCUGUAGAACAACAUGCCAGGUGAGACUGAUUAUGUAGAACAACAUGCCAGGUGAGACUGAUUCUGUAGAACAACAUGCCAGGUGAGACUGAUUCUGUAGAGCAACAUGCCAGGUUAUUCUGUAGAACAACAUGCCAGGUGAUUCUGUAGAACAACAUGCCAGGUGAUUCUGUAGAACAGCAUGCCAGGUCAUUCUGUAGAACAACAUGCCAGGUGAUUCUGUAGAACAACAUGCCAGGUGAGACUGAUUCUGUAGAACAACAUGCCAGGUGAGACUGAUUCUGUAGAACAACAUGCCAGGUAAUACUGUAGAACAACAUGCCAGGUGAUUCUGUAGAACAACAUGCCAGGUGAGACUGAUUCUGUAGAGCAACAUGCCAGGUGAUUCUGUAGAACAACAUGCCAGGUCAGACUGAUUCUGUAGAACAACAUGCCAGGUGAGACUGAUUCUGUAGAACAACAUGCCAGGUGAGACUGAUUAUGUAGAGCAACAUGCCAGGUGAUUCUGUAGAACAACAUGCCAGGUGAUUCUGUAGAACAACAUGCCAGGUGAGACUGAUUCUGUAGAACAACAUGCCAGGUGAGACUGAUUCUGUAGAACAACAUGCCAGGUGAUACUGUAGAACAACAUGCCAGGUGAUUCUGUAGAACAACAUGCCAGGUCAGACUGAUUCUGUAGAACAACAUGCCAGGUGAGACUGAUUCUGUAGAGCAACAUGCCAGGUGAUUCUGUAGAACAACAUGCCAGGUGAUUCUGUAGAACAACAUGCCAGGUGAGACUGAUUCUGUAGAACAACAUGCCAGGUGAGACUGAUUCUGUAGAACAACAUGCCAGGUGAUACUGUAGAACAACAUGCCAGGUGAUUCUGUAGAACAACAUGCCAGGUGAUUCUGUAGAACAACAUGCCAGGUGAGACUGAUUCUGUAGAACAACAUGCCAGGUGAGACUGAUUCUGUAGAACAACAUGCCAGGUUAGGGUGAUUCUGUAGAACAACAUGCCAGGUUAGGGUGAUUCUGUAGAACAACAUGCCAGGUCAGGGUGAUUCUGUAGAACAACAUGCCAGGUCAGGGUGAUUCUGUAGAGCAACAUGCCAGGUUAGGGUGAGUCUGUAGAACAACAUGCCAGGUCAGGGUGAUUCUGUAGAACAACAUGCCAGGUCAGGGUGAUUCUGUAGAACAACAUGCCAGGUGCGACUGAUUCUGUAGAACAACAUGCCAGUUUAGACUGAUUCUGUAGAACAACAUGCCAGGUUAUUCUGUAGAACAACAUGCCAGGUUAUUCUGUAGAACAACAUGCCAGGUGCGACUGAUUCUGUAGAGCAACAUGCCAGGUUAUUCUGUAGAACAACAUGCCAGGUGAUUCUGUAGAACAACAUGCCAGGUGAUUCUGUAGAACAACAUGCCAGGUGAUUCUGUAAAACAACAUGCCAGGUGAUUCUGUAGAACAACAUGCCAGGUGAGACUGAUUCUGUAGAACAACAUGCCAGGUGGGACUGAUUCUGUAGAACAACAUGCCAGGUGAGACUGAUUCUGUAGAACAACAUGCCAGGUGAGACUGAUUCUGUAGAACAACAUGCCAGGUGAGGCUGAUUCUGUAGAACAACAUGCCAGGUGAUUCUGUAGAACAACAUGCCAGGUCAGGGUGAUUCUGUAGAACAACAUGCCAGGUCAGGGUGAUUCUGUAGAACAACAUGCCAGGUCAGGGUGAUUCUGUAGAACAACAUGCCAGGUCAGGGUGAUUCUGUAGAACAACAUGCCAGGUGAGACUGAUUCUGUAGAACAACAUGCCAGGUGAGACUGAUUCUGUAGAACAACAUGCCAGGUGGUUAUGUAGAACAACAUGCCAGGUCAGACUGAUUCUGUAGAACAACAUGCCAGGUGAGACUGAUUCUGUAGAACAACAUGCCAGGUGAGACUGAUUCUGUAGAACAACAUGCCAGGUAGGGCUGAUUCUGUAGAACAACAUGCCAGGUGAUUAUGUAGAACAACAUGCCAGGUCAGACUGAUUCUGUAGAACAACAUGCCAGGUGAGACUGAUUAUGUAGAGCAACAUGCCAGGUGAGACUGAUUCUGUAGAACAACAUGCCAGGUGAGACUGAUUCUGUAGAACAACAUGCCAGGUGAGACUGAUUCUGUAGAACAACAUGCCAGGUGAGACUGAUUCUGUAGAACAACAUGCCAGGUAAGACUGAUUAUGUAGAGCAACAUGCCAGGUGAGACUGAUUCUGUAGAACGACAUGCCAGGUGCGACUGAUUCUGUAGAACAACAUGCCAGGUGCGACUGAUUCUGUAGAACAACAUGCCAGGUGCGACUGAUUCUGUAGAGCAACAUGCCAGGUGAUUCUGUAGAACAACAUGCCAGGUGCUUCUGUAGAACAACAUGCCAGGUGAUUCUGUAGAAGAACAUGCCAGGUCAUUCUGUAGAACAACAUGCCAGGUGAUUCUGUAGAGCAACAUGCCAGGUGAGACUGAUUCUGUAGAGCAACAUGCCAGGUGCGACUGAUUCUGUAGAACAACAUGCCAGGUGAGACUGAUUCUGUAGAACAACAUGCCAGGUGAGACUGAUUCUGUAGAACAACAUGCCAGGUGAGACUGAUUCUGUAGAACAACAUGCCAGGUGAGACUGAUUAUGUAGAACAACAUGCCAGGUGAGACUGAUUCUGUAGAACAACAUGCCAGGUGAGACUGAUUCUGUAGAGCAACAUGCCAGGUUAUUCUGUAGAACAACAUGCCAGGUGAUUCUGUAGAACAACAUGCCAGGUGAUUCUGUAGAACAACAUGCCAGGUCAUUCUGUAGAACAACAUGCCAGGUGAUUCUGUAGAACAACAUGCCAGGUGAGACUGAUUCUGUAGAACAACAUGCCAGGUGAGACUGAUUCUGUAGAACAACAUGCCAGGUAAUACUGUAGAACAACAUGCCAGGUGAUUCUGUAGAACAACAUGCCAGGUGAGACUGAUUCUGUAGAGCAACAUGCCAGGUGAUUCUGUAGAACAACAUGCCAGGUCAGACUGAUUCUGUAGAACAACAUGCCAGGUGAGACUGAUUCUGUAGAACAACAUGCCAGGUGAGACUGAUUCUGUAGAACAACAUGCCAGGUAAGACUGAUUAUGUAGAGCAACAUGCCAGGUGAGACUGAUUCUGUAGAACGACAUGCCAGGUGCGACUGAUUCUGUAGAACAACAUGCCAGGUGCGACUGAUUCUGUAGAACAACAUGCCAGGUGCGACUGAUUCUGUAGAGCAACAUGCCAGGUGAUUCUGUAGAACAACAUGCCAGGUGCUUCUGUAGAACAACAUGCCAGGUGAUUCUGUAGAAGAACAUGCCAGGUCAUUCUGUAGAACAACAUGCCAGGUGAUUCUGUAGAGCAACAUGCCAGGUGAGACUGAUUCUGUAGAGCAACAUGCCAGGUGCGACUGAUUCUGUAGAACAACAUGCCAGGUGAGACUGAUUCUGUAGAACAACAUGCCAGGUGAGACUGAUUCUGUAGAACAACAUGCCAGGUGAGACUGAUUCUGUAGAACAACAUGCCAGGUGAGACUGAUUAUGUAGAACAACAUGCCAGGUGAGACUGAUUCUGUAGAACAACAUGCCAGGUGAGACUGAUUCUGUAGAGCAACAUGCCAGGUUAUUCUGUAGAACAACAUGCCAGGUGAUUCUGUAGAACAACAUGCCAGGUGAUUCUGUAGAACAACAUGCCAGGUCAUUCUGUAGAACAACAUGCCAGGUGAUUCUGUAGAACAACAUGCCAGGUGAGACUGAUUCUGUAGAACAACAUGCCAGGUGAGACUGAUUCUGUAGAACAACAUGCCAGGUAGGUGAUUCUGUAGAACAACAUGCCAGGUGAUUCUGUAGAACAACAUGCCAGGUGAGACUGAUUCUGUAGAACAACAUGCCAGGUGAGACUGAUUCUGUAGAACAACAUGCCAGGUGAUACUGUAGAACAACAUGCCAGGUGAUUCUGUAGAACAACAUGCCAGGUCAGACUGAUUCUGUAGAACAACAUGCCAGGUGAGACUGAUUCUGUAGAGCAACAUGCCAGGUGAUUCUGUAGAACAACAUGCCAGGUGAUUCUGUAGAACAACAUGCCAGGUGAGACUGAUUCUGUAGAACAACAUGCCAGGUGAGACUGAUUCUGUAGAACAACAUGCCAGGUGAUACUGUAGAACAACAUGCCAGGUGAUUCUGUAGAACAACAUGCCAGGUGAUUCUGUAGAACAACAUGCCAGGUGAGACUGAUUCUGUAGAACAACAUGCCAGGUGAGACUGAUUCUGUAGAGCAACAUGCCAGGUGAUUCUGUAGAACAACAUGCCAGGUGAUUAUGUAGAACAACAUGCCAGGUGAUUCUGUAGAACAGCAUGCCAGGUGUGACUGAUUCUCUAGAACAACAUGCCAGGUGAGACUGAUUCUGUAGAGCAACAUGCCAGGUGAUUAUGUAGAACAACAUGCCAGGUGAUUCUGUAGAACAACAUGCCAGGUGCUUCUGUAGAACAACAUGCCAGGUGAGGCUGAUUCUCUAGAAGACUAACCAGCUUCACAUUCCUGCCUGCAGCUCUCCUCCUUUGAAACCUGUAGGAAGGACCUGUUGAAACUUGAAAGCACUGGCAAGCACAGCUAAAUAUAGCUAUGGUUUGCAAUUUGUGAAUCCUAGGUCACUAUGAUCACACAAUCACAUGAGCAAUCUGAUGCUACUGAAUGUGGUGGUGCAGUAGUACAGGAAAAUGUGGUCAUGGAAUAUCCUUGGCCCUAGUUAAUAGACACUAACUGUAUCUGUGUGUUCAGGAUGUGUGAGGUGCAGAGGUAUCUGCUGCGGGUGCAGGCUGAGGAUGGUAGUCUGGCGGAACGUGUUGCUGAGGUGACGGAGGGGAACCGGCUGUUGAAACGGGAGUACGACUCUUUGCUGGAGCGGCACCAUGAUAUGGACCAGACCUUCAGAGAGGAGAAGCUCAGGGGUCAGGAACUGCUUGAGGAACUUGUCCGGGGGAAGCAGCACGCAGCCGUCAGGAUGAACAGCCGCAACGAGAGACGAGUCAGGUGAGAUCAACCCUAACCCUGACCCUGCUGGGGGUCAAAGAGAGACGGGUCAGGUGAGAUCAACCCUAACCCUGACCCUGCUGGGGGUCAAAGAGAGACGGGUCAGGUGAGAUCAACCCUAACCCUGACCCUGCUGGGGGUCAAAGAGAGACGGGUCAGGUGAGAUCAACCCUAACCCUGACCCUGCUGGGGGUCAAAGAGAGAUGGGUCAGGUGAGAUCAACCCUAACCCUGACCCUGCUGGGGGUCAAAGAGAGAUGGGUCAGGUGAGCUGCUUCCUGGGGUCAAAGUUCAGGGCCCCGAGUUUUUCCUGAAGAGUGGUGGGGGGGAAUAUGCAUAUCAAAGGCUGACCGUGUACAGACUUACAUUUCCUGACCAUUUGAUCUCACCAAGAAAAACUCUGGGCCCUAAUUAAAGUCUACAGGUUAUAACUAUACUGAUUUUACUGAGUUACAAUUCAUAUAAGGAAAUCAGUCAAGGAAUUGAAAUAAAUGAAUAUGGCCCUAAUCUAUGGAUUUCACAUGACUGGGCAGGGGCACAGCCAUGGGUGGGCCUGGGAGGGCAUAGGCCCACCCACUGGGGAGCCCAUUCAAUCAGAAUGAGUUUUUCCCCACAAAAGGGCUUUAUUACGAACAGAAAUACUCCUCAGUUUCAUCAGCUGGUCUGGUCUCCGAUGAGCCCGCAGGUGAAGAAGCCGGAUGUGGAGGUCCUGGGCUGGUGUGGUUACACGUGGUCUGCGGUUGUGAACCGGGUGGACGUACUGCCAAAUUCUCUAAAACGACUUUGGAGGUGGCUUAUGGUAGAGAAAUUAACAUUUAAUUCUCUGGCAACAGCUCUGGUGGACAUUCCCGCAGUCAGCAUGCCAAUUACACGCUCCCUCAAAACCUGAGACAUCUGUGGCAUUGUGUUGUGUGACGAAACUGCACAUUUUAGAGUGGCCUUUUAUUGUUCCCAGCACAAGGUACACCUGUGUAGUGACCAUGCUGUUUAAUCAGCUUCUUGAUAUGCCACACCUGUCAGGUGGAUGGAUUGUCUUGACGAAGGAGAAAUGCUCACUAACAGGGAUGUAAACGAAUUUGUGCGCAAAAUUUGAGAGAAAUAAGCUUUUUGUGUGUAUGGACAAUGUCUGGGAUCUUUUAUUUCAGCUCAUGAAACACGGGACCAACACUUUACAUGUUGUGUUUAUAUUUUAGUUCAGUGUAGUCAAAGGCUAUAGGUUAUAACUAGUUAAAGGCCAGGUGAGGGGAUACAUAGGGAAACCUUACAUAGUGGAUAGGAGUACUUACUUGAGGGCAAUCCAAUCUGGAUUAAUUAGGACAAUAAGAUAAAAAAAACAAAGUGUCAAUAUUAAGACACCUAAAAAGGACAGAAAUGUAAGACUCACAUUAAAGUGUUUAAGACUGAGAUAUUGCAUUAAGGCAACUUUCCGUUUUUUGACAAGAGACUCCUUCAAGUGACUUGUUCAUUAGCAACACUAGUCAGUCCACUUUAUUCACAGGUUAUAACUAGUUAUAGACUAUAGGUUAUAACUAGUUAAAGACUAUAGGUUAUAACUAGUUAAAAACUAUAGGUUAUAACUAGUUAAAGACUAUAGGUUAUAACUAGUUAAAUACUAUAGGUUAUAACUAGUUAAAGACUAUAGGUUAUAACUAGUUAAAGACUAUAGGUUAUAACUAGUUAAAUACUAUAGGUUAUAACUAGUUAAAGACUAUAGGUUAUAACUAGUUAAAGACUAUAGGUUAUAACUAGUUAAAGACUAUAGGUUAUAGACUAUAGGUUAUAACUAGUUAAAGACUAUAGGUUAUAACUUGCCCUCGUCAAGUCACGUGCAGGAAAAACUCCAGGCCCUAUGAAGCAUUAAUGAAUGUAUUCAGAGUGAGUUGUUUCUGUAAUGUUGUUGUCAUUCCUUUCAACUGUCAACCCCACAGAGCCAGAGAGGCAAGUCUUCAGAAGGAACUGGAGACCGCUGGGAAGGUGAAGGUGACAAUCGAUGUGUAAGUAACUAGAUUAUAUAGCCUACGUCGAUGUUUAAGUAACUAGAUUAUAUAGCCUACGUCGAUGUUUAAGUAACUAGAUUAUAUAGCCUACGUCGAUGUUUAAGUAACUAGGUUAUAUAGCCUACGUCGAUGUUUAAGUAACUAGAUUAUAUAGCCUACGUCGAUGUUUAAGUAACUAGAUUAUAUAGCCUACGUCGAUGUUUAAGUAACUAGAUUAUAGGGCGGCAGGUAGCUUAGUGGUUAAGAGCGUUGUGCCAGUAACCGAAAGGUCGCUGGUUCUAAUCCCCGAGCCGACUAGGUGAAAAAUCUGUCGAUGUGCCCUUGAGCAAGGCACUUAACCCUAAUUGCUCCUGUAAGUCGCUCUGGAUAAGAGCGUCUGCUAAAUGACCAAUUAUUAAUUAUAAUUAUUAUAUAGCCUACGUCGAUGUUUAAGUAACUAGAUUAUAAUAGCCAUACGUCGAUGUUUUAAGUAACUAGAUUAUAUAGCCUACGUCGAUGUUUUUAAGUAACUAGAUUAUAUAGCCUACGUCGAUGUUUAAAGUAACUAGAUUAUAUAGCCUACGUCGAUGUUUAAGUAACUAGAUAUAUAGCCUACGUCGAUGUUUUAAGUAACUAGAUUAUAUAGCCUACGUCGAUGUUUUAAGUAACUAGAUUAUAUAGCCUACGUCGAUGUUUAAGUAACUAGAUUAUAUAGCCUACGUCGAUGUUUAAGUAACUAGAUAUAUAGCUACGUCGAUGUUUUAAGUAACUAGGUUAUCUAGCCUACGUCGAUGUUUAAGUAACUAGAUUAUAUAGCCUACGUCGAUGUUUUAAGUAACUAGAUUAUAUAGCCUUACGUCGAUGUUAAGUAAACUAGAUAUAUAGCCUACGUCGAUGUUUCAAGUACUAGAUUAUAUAGCCUACGCGAUUUUUAAGUAACAGGUUAUAUAGCCUACGUCGAUUUUAGUAACUAGAUUAUAUAGCCUACGUCGAUGUUUAAGUAAUAGGUUAUAUAGCCUACGUCGAUGUUUAAGUAACUAGUUUAUAUAGCCUACGUCGAUGUUUAAGUAACUAGGUAUAUAGCCUACGUCGAUGUUUAAAGUAACUAGAUUAUAUAGCCUACGUCGUGUUUUAAGUAACAAGAUUAUAUAGCCUACGUCGAUGUUGGUUAAGUAACUAGAUUAUAUAGCCACGUCGAUGUUUAAGUAACUAGAUUAUAUAGCCUACGUCGAUGUUUAAGUAACUAGAUUAUAUAGCCUACGUCGAUGUUUAAGUAACUAGAUUAUAUAGCCUACGUCGAUGUUUAAGUAACUAGAUUAUAUAGCCUACGUCGAUGUUUAAGUAACUAGAUUAUAUAGCCUACGUCGAUGUUUAAGUAACUAGUUAUAUAGCCUACGUCGAUGUUUAAGUAACUAGAUUAUAUAGCCUACGUCGAUGUUUAAGUAACUAGAUUAUAUAGCCUACGUCGAUGUUUAAGUAACUAGAUUAUAUAGCCUACGUCGAUGUUUAAGUAACUAGAUUAUAUAGCCUACGUCGAUGUUUAAGUAACUAGAUUAUAUAGCCUACGUCGAUGUUUAAGUAACUAGAUUAUAUAGCCUACGUCGAUGUUUAAGUAACUAGAUUAUAUAGCCUACGUCGAUGUUUAAGUAACUAGAUUAUAUAGCCUACGUCGAUGUUUAAGUAACUAGAUUAUAUAGCCUACGUCGAUGUUUAAGUAACUAGAUUAUAUAGCCUACGUCGAUGUUUAAGUAACUAGAUUAUAUAGCCUACGUCGAUGUUUAAGUAACUAGAUUAUAUAGCCUACGUCGAUGUUUAAGUAACUAGAUUAUAUAGCCUACGUCGAUGUUAAGUAACUAGAUUAUAUAGCCUACGUCGAUGUUUAAGUAACUAGAUAUAUAGCCUACGUCGAUGUUUAAUUAAACUAGAUUAUAUAGCCUACGUCGAUGUUUAAGUAACUAGAUUAUAUAGCCUACGUCGAUGUUUAAGUAACUAGUUUAUAUAGCCUACGUCGAUGUUUAAGUAACUAGGUUAUAUAGCCUACGUCGAUGUUUUAAGUAACUAGAGUUAUAUAGCCUACGUCGAUGUUUAAUAACGAGGUUAUUAGCUACGUCGAUGUUUAAGUAACUAGAUUAUAUAGCCUACGUCGAUGUGUAAGUGUAAUCAAACUCUUUAGUUUAGAUUGUAUAGUCCCAUUGAUGUGUAAGUAGCUCUCACUAGAUUGAGAAUAGGUUAAAGUUUUCCCCUUGUAUUGUAGUAGCUCAUGUCCAGAGGCACACACAAAGCUAAAGGAUAAUAAAGUGUUGUGCUGUUUCCCUUCCAGCGGGUCUGUCAGUGCCCCCGCCUCCAGAGAAGCCUCCCCUAAGAGUGAUCUGACAGAGAGACGGACCGCUAGAAUGUUCAGGUAGAUGAAGGCUGAGAGAAAGAACCACUAGAAUGUUCUGGUAGAUGAAGGCUGAGAGACGGACCACUAGAAUGUUCAGGUAGAUGAAGGCUGAGAGACGGACCACUAGAAUGUUCUGGUAGAUGAAGGCUUAGAGACGGACCACUAGAAUGUUCUGGUAGAUGAAGGCUGAGAGACGGACCACAUUCUGAAGGCUGAGAGACGGACCACUAGAAUGUUCUGGUAGAGGAAGGUGGAAAGACGGACCACUAGAAUGUUCUGGUAGAUGAAGGCUGAGAGACGGACCACUAGAAUGUUCUGGUAGAUGAAGGCUGAGAGACGGACCACUAGAAUGUUCUGGUAGAUGAAGGCUGAGAGACGGACCACUAGAAUGUUCUGGUAGAUGAAGGCUGAGAGACGGACCACUAGAAUGUUCUGGUAGAGGAGGGCUGAGAGACGGACCACUAGAAUGUUCUGGUAGAGGAAGACUGAGAAACGGACCACUAGAAUGUUCUGGUAGAUGAAGACUGAGAGACGGACCACUAGAAUGUUCUGGUAGAGGAAGAAAUGACAGAAAUCCCUCAAAGUUCACAUGGCGUUUAUGGGCCUUUCCUUCCCAUGGAAGUAGACAAAAAACAAGAUUCUUGUUGGAACUCAUUGUCGGGGUAUAGAGUUUUCAGAUUCCAACUCAAAGUAACUUUCAUUUUCAAAGUGUAAUGUUCUAAUGGUGAAAUGUUUAUUAUAUAUAUAUAUAUAUAUAUAUAUAUAUAUAUUUAAAUAUAAAAAAUAAUGAAAUGCAUUUAAAGAAUGCUUACACUGCAUGAUUAGUUCCAAAGCGAUCUUCAGUCACUAUGCUACAGAUGUAGCUAGGAUCUUCAUUUGAUCACUCUUUUCUUGCUGAGAAUUUUCCUGCACCUCAGGAAAUGCAAACGUGUAGUGUAUUUGAGUUUUAAAAGUUUGUCAUUUCCACUUUGAAUAUUUCAGACUUGAUUUGCCCUAACGAACAAUGUAUCAACCCCUACAAAAAUGUCCAUUAAUUAUAAUCCACAUAAUAAUUCACAUUUCCUGACGCUGCAGGAUUAUUUUCCUGCUGUAGCAAACUGGCUCAGAUUAAGAUCCUACAUCUGUAACAUCACAAUGCUAACUACAUCACAAUGCUUACUACAUCUACAUUGAUUAAACCAUUCCUUCAAGUGUGUUUUAAAAGUUCUAAAAACUUCACUUAACUUUUUUUCCUAGGUCAGCCUCAGUAACAUCCCCUCCCAGGAUUCUAGAUUCCAUCAAAGAGCUUUUUGAGUGAGUUACAUAGACAGAAUAAUAUUAAUGUUCUAUGCUUCUAUGGUUACAUAGACAGAAUAAUAUUAAUGUUCUAUGCUUCUAUGGUUACAUAGACAGAAUAAUAUUAAUGUUCUAUGCUUCUAUGGUUACAUAGACAGAAUACUAUUAAUGUUCUAUGGUUACAUAGACAGAAUAAUAUUAAUGUUGUUAAACACAUAGAUAUUCAUCAUAACUAUAGGUUGAAGAAACGUUCAAAGUUCUUGAAAUUUUCCAUAUUGACUGACCUUUAUGUCUUAAAGUAAUGAUGGACUGUCAUUUCUCUUUGCUUAUUUGAGCUGUUCUUGCCAUAAUAUGGACUUUUACCAAAUAGGGCUAUCUUCUGUAUAUCCCCCUACCUUGUCACAACACAACUGAUUGGCUCAAACGCAUUAAGAAGGAAAGAAAUUCCACAAAUUAACUUUUAACAAGGCACACCUGUUAAUUGAAAUGCAUUCCAGGUGACUACCUCAUGAAGCUGGUUGAGGGAAUGCCAAGAGUGUGCAGAGCUGUCAUCAAGGCAACGGGUGGCUACUUUGAAGAAUCUCAAAUAUAAAAUCUAAUUUGAUUUGUUUAACACUUUUUUUUGGUUACUACAUGAUUCCAUAUGUGUCAGUUCAUAGUUUUGACGUCUUCACUAUUAUUCUACAAUGUAGAAAAUAGUAAAAAAAAUAUAAAGAAAAACCCUGGAAUGAGUAGGUGUGUCCAAACUUUUGACUGGUACUGUAGGUGUUUGGCACUUGCCUCACAUAGUCCUGACAUUAAUCUGCUAAUGUUAACUCUCACUCAGCUCAAUCACAAAGAAACCCCACUUCUCCCACUCAUGCACGUUGAUGAUGAAGUCUUCCCUAACCCUAUUUCCUUCAUAGUGUACGUAUUAGGUUAGGGUUAACACGCAACAACCACGGCACUUUAUUUACACACUACUCCUUGAUGAUUUAUGCUAACCAACAUUACAACUCGGUUUACAGCCAGAUGGCAGAUAUGUAGACACAUAAUCUGCUUAUUUCUUAGUCUAAUCAUACAGUAUGUGUGCCUAUAACCCACAGAUCUGCAGGUGUGCAUCAUACCGUUAUAUUUCAGACAGACGGACAGACAGACGGACACAGACGGACAGACGGACAGACAGACAGACGGACACAGUCAGACAGACAGACGGACACAGUCAGACGGACACAGACGGACACAGACGGACAGACGGACACAGUCAGACAGACAGACGGACACAGUCAGACGGAUCAUGAUAUUUUAUCAGGAAAACCCCUGGCCCUAGUUACUGUACAUUUAGAAAGAUUUUUACUAGGAAAAAUCAAGGGCCUAUAUCCUACAAUAAAUGAAUGACUUGGACUGAAAUAGGUUCCGGUACUCAUUUUGGGUGCCGGUACUGUUUAGGUGCAGGAGCUCCACAAUAUUUUUGAACUAAUAUUCUAUAAGAGGAACAGGAGCUCAAGUAGAAGAACAUUUGAGGUGCCAGUACUCCGCUCCAGUGACCUCCUGCCCAACAAGUCGAGCACUGCGAAAAGUAUAGGGCCCAGAUUUUUUUUUCUCCUGGUAGGGCCGCUUGGUUAGGAAAAACUCCUGCCGCUAACUGAGUUCUGUUGUGUUUCUAAGCAGAAAGAAGCGUCGGGGGAACUCGCUGUGUCUGAGUCUGAAGGAGGACCUGUAUGUUCCUGUAGGGAUCUGUCUGGCUGCCAGGGUCCCUGCUAGGGCCCUGCAUGUCCUGGUAAGACCUAAAGCCUAACCUUAACCCUGCAUGUCUUGGUAAGACCUUAAAUAUGCACUGUCGAACUUUUUGUAUAAUUUCAGCCUGUCGUUUUUAAAGGAGCGCUCACAAGCCAAAAGUGGUCCCUCGAAAACUGCACACUACGUCACAUAUGUUCAGAUCGCGCUCUCUCUCUCUCUCUCUGCUGUGUCCACUGAGCCGUUGGGCCCGCCCUGCAACCUCAUUGGAUAACGCUGGGCAGGCCUCUUGGUAGCUGUCACUCAAAUGGGCGAUGGGCUCUCUCCAUCAUACCUGUCUCUCUCUCUCCACCAUACCUGUCUCUCUCUCUCCACCAUACCUGUCUCUCUCUCUCCACCAUACCUGUCUCUCCCUCUCCACCAUACCUGUCUCUCCCUCUCUCACCAUACCUGUCUCUCUCUCUCCACCAUACCUGUCGCUCUCUCCAUCAUACCUAUCACUCUCUCACAUACCUGUCUCUCUCUCUCCAUCAUACUUGUCUCUCUCUCUCCACCAUACCUGCCUCUCUCUCGUCAUACCUCUCCCUCUCUCUCACCAUACCUGUCUCUCUCUCUCUCAACAUACCUGUCUCUCUCUACCAUAUCUGUCUCUCUCUCCACCAUACCAGUCUCUCUCUCUCAACCAUACCUGUAUCUCUCUCUCACCAUACCUGUCUCUCUCUCACCAUACCUGUCUCUCUCUCCAUCAUACCUGUCUCUCUCACCAUCAAGCCUGUCUCUCUCUCACCAUACCUGUCUCUCUCUCACAUACCUGUGUCUCUCUCUCCACCAUACCUGUCUCUCUCUCCAUCAUACCUGUCUCGCUCUCUCACCAUACCUGUCUCGCUCUCUCUCAUCAUACCUGUCUCUCUCUCAUUAUACCUCUCUCCCUCUCUCACCAUACCUGUCCUCUCUCUCUCUCUCUCUCUCUCUCUCUCUCUCUCUCUCUCUCUCUCUCUCUCUCUCUCUCUCUCUAUACAUGUCUCUCUCUCAUCAUACCUGUCUCUCUCUCUCAUCAUACCUGUCUCUCUCUAUCAUACCUGUCUCUCUCUCUCACCAUACAUGUCUCUCUCACCAUACAUCUCUCUCUCUCAUCAUACCUGUCUCACUCGCUCUCCACCAUAUCUUUCUCUCUCUCCAUCAUACCUGUCUCACUCUCUCUCACUAUACCUGUCUCGCUCUCUCUCUCACCAUACCUGUCUCCCUCUCUAUCUCACCAUACCUGUCUCGCUCUCUCCACCAUACCUGUCUCUCUCUCGCUCUCCACCAUACCUGUCUCUCUCACCAUACCUCUCUCUCUCUCACCAUAUCUGUCUCUCUCUCUCUCUACCAUACCUCUCUCUCUCUCUCUCCUCCUCUCUCUCUCCUCUCUCUCUCUCUCUCUCUCUCUCUCUCUCACCAUACCUGUCUCUGUCUCUCUCAUCAUACCUGUCUCUCCCUCUCUCACCAUACCUGUCUCUCUCUCUCCAUCAUACCUGUGUCUCUCUCUCUCCAUCAUACCUGUCUCACUCUCUCGCUCACCAUACCUGUCUCUCUCUCUCCACCAUACCUGUCUCUCUCUCUCCACCAUACCUGUCUCUCUCUCUCCAAGUGACUGAGUCCAUUGUAUCAGGGCAGGGACACAUUAGGACAGACGCAUAUCAGUCCAUUGUAUCUGGGCAGGGCCACAUUAGGAACUAUUCAGGCCCUUGUUAUUACCAUGUAAAUAGAGGUGGUGGAAGGAUACAGGAAGCCCCUGGUGAGCGGUUAGCCUGUCCUGAUCCGUGCUCUCUGAGAGGACAGAGUUCCUCUGUGUGUUCUAAACAGUCUCCUCUCUGUCACACACAGCAGCUCUGUUACUGGGACUCUCUGUCGCUGCUCAGGGACAUUUUCACUGAAUGGCCAGGCCCACGCAGCCACAGAGGAACUAGCAUGAUCCGCUCGCCCAAGGAAGAUGCCCUCCGCUUCCUGCCCCCCCCCCUCCCACGUCCCUUCCUACCACUUCCUUAUUUGGAGAAGUGUCAUAUAGUCAGUGUGAUCUGCAUUAACUCUGUGCUGUGGCUCUCUGCUCAUUCUCCAUUAGAUUUAGCCACUCUACAGGUAUCUUGUUUUGGUGUGGCUCACUCAGGAAAUGGGGCCUAUUUAACUGUCUGUUUCCAUAUCAUAUCACAGUGACCGCGGUUGUUUUGUGAGACUGCGUGUUGUUUUUGUUUGCAGGGUAAUGUCACAUCACAGUUUUUUUGUCCUCUGAGCCCAGUUUUUCCUAAAGUUAUCUACCUGGAUUUCACCGAUCGGAUAGGAUUAAAUACAUAAAAAUGUAAUAAACAGAACAGACUAAUAAUUGACUUGAAUGGGGACUCCCAUUCUAUUUUUUUAUAUUUCUAAUGCAUUUAAUCCUGUCCAAUAGCCAAAAUCCAGAUAGAUAACUUUUUUUAUUUUUACUGGGCCCAGACCACAUACAGUAUACUGUGGUUUAGGUUUGAGUCAUUCACACUCACUUUGAUUUGAAGAAGUAUGUUGUUUAUAUCUGCAGCAUCAGAACACUCAAACUGAGACACCAUUUAUUUUGUAACCUAUUGAUUUAAGUAAGGGAUAAUCAACAAGGGGCUAUGCAUUCUAUGGGAAAUAAUGCACGGCAUGGAAGGUGUGUGCCACGACAUGCUAACCUUGAGCUGGUAAGACAACUGGCCACCCCUCAGAGCCUGGUUCCUCUCUAGGUUUCUUCCUAGGUUCCUGCCUUUCUAGGGAGUUCAAACCCCCCCUCAGAGCCUGGUUCCUCUCUAGGUUUCUUCCUAGGUUCCUGCCUUUCUAGGGAGUUCAAACCCCCUCAUAGCCUGGUUCCUCUCUAGGUUUCUUCAUAGGUUCCUGCUUUCUAGGGAGUUUUUCCUAGCCACCGUGCUUCUACUUCUGCAUUGCUUGCUGUUUGGGGUUUUAGACUGGGUUUCUGUACAGCACUGCUCUUUCCAUGACAUAGACUGACCAGUCUACUGAAUCCAGGUGAAAGUUAUGAUCCCUUAUUGAUGUCACCAGAAUUUUUAAGCCUUGAGAUAAUUGAGACAUGAUGUGUAUGUGUGCCAUUUAGAGGGUGACUGAGCAAAACAACAUUUGUCCCUUUUUGAACGGGGUAUGGUAGUAGGUGCCAGGAGCACCAGUUAAAGUGUGUAAAGAACUGCAACGCUGCUGGGUUUUUCACGCUCUACAGUUUCCUGUGUGUAUCAAGAAUGGUCCACCACCCAAAGGACAUCCAGCCAACUUGACACAACUGUGGGAAGCAUAGAGUACCACUGUACGAAUCAUAAUACCCAUAAAACCUAGCGGUCAAACAGGGAAAUGGUUCCAAUCGUUUUUCCACCAUUCAUUCUUCCCAUAGGGGGUUUUAGAAACCCUUAAAAUAAGGGCUGUGUUUCAUGUAGGCUUACCCUGGCGUCACGCUUUGAUAACCAUGUAAAUCUCUCUAGGACAAGGUGAUUUUUAUCAAUAUAUUUACCCCCCAAAAAUGAAAGGCUAAUUAGCUGGUAAUGUGGCUAUCAUAAAGAACUACAAAUGCCAAGAUGAAUGAGACUGACGAAUCGAGGCAAAGGUAAGAAUCUCUGGAUUAUCUAUCUGUUAGCUAAAUGUACACUGAAAAAAAAUAUAAACACAACAUGUAAAGUGUUGGUCCCAUGUUUCAUGAGCUGAAAUAAAAGAUCCCAGAAAUCUUCCAUACGCACAACAAGCUUUUUUCCCUAAAAUGUUCACAAAUGUGUUUACACCCCUGUUAGUGAGCAUUUUAUCCUUUGCCAAGAUAAUCCUUCCACCUGACAGGUGUGGCAUAUCAAGAAGCUGAUUAAACAGCAUGAUCAUUACACAGGUGCACCUUGUGCUGGGGACAAUAAAAGGCCACUCUAAAAUGUGCAGUUUCGUCACACAACACAAUGCCACAGAUGUCUCAGGUUUUGAGGGAGCUUGCAAUUGGCAUGCUGACUGCAGGAAUGUCCACCAGAGCUGUUGCCAGAUAAAUAAUGUUAAUUUCUCUACCAUAAAUCCUCACAACCGCGGACCACGUGCAACCACGCCAGCCCAGGACCUCCACAUCCUACUUCUUCACCUGCGGGAUCGUCUGAGACCAGACACCCGGACAGCUCAUGAAACUGUGGGUUUGAACAACCAAAUAAUUUCUGCAGAAACUGUCUCAGGGAAGCUCAUCUGCGUGUUCGGCGUGCUCACCAGGGUCUUGACCUGACUGCAGUUCGGCAUCGUAACCGACUUCAGUGGGCAAAUGCCCAAUGGUGGCGGUGGGGUUAUGGUAUUGGCAGAGGCAUAAGCUACAGACAACGAACACAUUUGCAUUUUAUCGAUGGCAGUUUGAAUGCACAGAGAUACUCUGACGAGAUCCUGAGGCCCAUUGUCGUGCCAUUCAUCCGCCGCCAUCACCUCAUGUUUCAGCAUG